CUCGCGCGUUCAGCUCAGACGCAGCGCGGGAAAUUCGGAGGAUACGUGAAUCCCUACAUAUAUACCACCGCCAGCGCCAGUCGAGUCAGCGGGACCAGAGUUCUCGCUUGCCCGUGUCGAUCGGCCUGAACUUCACGCAUCGGUCGCUGAAAUUGAGUUGAUUUAGCGGAACGGGCGGACAGUAAACUAAAUGCAAAGGAGGAAAAAUGGACCCCGCUCUCGAAGCAGAAUUUCAUGAUGACUUUGAGGAUCUUUUUGCUGACGAAUUAGAUGCAUUGCGAGACAUCGAAGAAGAUGUGAAUCUUCAGGAGCAAUGGACUUCUCGUCCCAAACCAGUUUCCCAGAAGCAGAAGACAAGCCAGCCCCCGAAGAAAGACAUCUCACUUUCACAGCCCAAGAAUCUUGAUGAUGCAUCUAGCAGACUUCAGCCAAUCUCUGCUACCGGAGAUGCCACACAGAAAAGUACAGGGGACAAAGGUGUGACUAAUCGCACUGCUAGGAAGAGAGACAUGUAUGAAAUGUUUGGCGUCAUGUCCGACGACGAGAGUGACAAUGAACUUGUGAUCGAUGCACCAUCCCCUGCUAAAGAUCCCAAUCCGAAGAGACCAAGAAAAACUCUUCUUGAUCGUUUCCUUGACAAUGUCUCUGAGAGACUCGAUCAAUCAAAGCCUCAUGAAGAUGAAAUCACCCCACCCCCUACACCAAACAAAGAUGGAAUUGGUCCGUUAGGUCCCGAUCAUCCCCUUACUCCAUCCUCUAUUGGGUCACUGGGAGAUGAGAGAGCAGGUCAAAGGUCGAAUGUCAAGAGGUCGCUGAGAGUGUUUACAAGGCAACCAGAAGGUGAAUCGAUGAAGGUGACUGGAGUAGAUGGUAGGAGAGUUUUUCUCAAGAUGAAAGAGGAGUAUGAUCCUACGCAAGUUACAAAGAAGUUUGACUCUAAAUAUGGAUCAAGCAACACUAAAGGUCUUUUGACUAUGUCUUAUGACCACCUCGUCAGACAAAUAGAAGAUGAGAAUAGGAGGAAGGUUAUUGAAGAGUCAUCUCGAGUGUCUGAAAAGUUAAGAAGAGAGCUUGCAAGAGAAUACGAAGAUGAGGACCUCGAUGGAGAGAUCUCCGAAGGACAAUUAGAAGAGGGUGAUGGGAAGGAUAACAAAGGAUUGUGGGUAGACAAAUAUGCCCCAAAGCACUAUGUUGAUCUCCUUAGUGAUGAUGGUGUGAAUCGGAACCUACUGUUCUGGUUGAAGCUUUGGGAUCAUGUGGUCUUUGGUAAGGAGGUGAAACAGAACAAGACCAAGAACAAGCAGGACAAAUGGAAAGGAGGAGGACCAGGACCUCAACAAAACAAAUUCAAGUCCAAAUUUGAGCAGCAACUAGAGGAUCUGGAACUGGAUGAUCAGAACAGACCAAAGAUGAAGGUUGCCCUCCUCUGUGGGCCACCUGGACUGGGCAAGACAACCCUGGCCCAUAUCAUCGCAAGACAUGCUGGCUACAACGUUAUUGAAAUGAAUGCCAGUGAUGACCGUAGCUUAGAUGUCUUCAAGAAUCGUCUACUGUCGUCCAUUCAGAUGACCUCUGUAUUGACCCCUGAUCAGAGGCCAAACUGCUUGGUCAUUGACGAGAUCGAUGGCUCUCCCCAGGCUGCCAUAAACUGUCUGCUGUCCGUCAUAAAAGGAGGUAGUGAAUCAAACAAAGCUGAAGAAGGAGGAGGAGGGGGCAAGAAACGGAAAAAGGGCCAGGGACCUCUCAAACGACCCAUCAUCUGUAUCUGUAAUGAUGUGUACGUCCCGGCCUUGAAGCAAUUACGACAGGUAGCCUAUGUCACUCACUUCCCUCCGACGGCUGCAGCAAGAUUAGCUCAGAGAAUGUAUGCGAUCUCUAAGCACAACCAUCUUCAGACAGAUCUAACAUCUUUGAUGGCUCUAUGUGUGAAGGCUGAUAAUGAUAUCAGAUCGUGUCUCAAUACCCUACAAUUUCUCCAGCAGCAGGGCAAGCCGGUAACUUUAGGGUUAAUCCAUUCCCUGAAUGUAGGCCAGAAAGACCAACAUAAGAGCCUAUACACUGUAUGGCAACAACUCUUCCAAUUGCCCAAACCAAAGAAGAAGCAAUACACCAAUCCUCAUGACCUGAAGCAAGGUCAAAGGUUAGGUGCUGUCUCUGAAUCGAUGCAGGGGCUCGACAGUGAUAUGACGUCUCUGACGGCUCGCUUCCAUCAUAUGUUACACGUCAUACAGGCAUGUGGCGAACAUGAGAAGCUUAUGCAAGGUGUCUUUGAGAACUAUCUUGAAGUCAAAUUCAAGGAUCCUCACAUGGAUGCUAUCAACAUGGCAUCUGAUUGGUUGACAUUUUCUGACAUUGUCCAGACGAAGAUAGCAAAGACUCAGAACUAUAUAUUUGGUCGAUUCCUGCCCUAUGUGCCUCUCACAUUCCAUAUGUUGUUUGCUUGCGUUGCCUACACCAAGAUACGCUAUCCAAACACGGGCUUUGAGAUCAAGACAAAGACAGAGCUGAUAAAGAAUCUUAUUGAGACGAUGAGAUCUGAGAUCUGUCCUAGCAUCAGACAAGGAAUCAACCUGAAGCUGGCUGUCACUGAGCUUCUACCACCUCUUCUUAUCAUCCUACAACCUGCCUUCAGACCGAUCAAUACCCAGCUGUUCAGUGCAGCUGAGAAGAAGCAACUGAGAGAGCUAGUGGAUACCAUGAUAGCGUACAACCUGACAUACAGACAGGAGAGAAGUAUAGAGGGCACCUACAACUACAACCUAGAUCCUAAUCUGGAAGUAGUGUUAAGGUUUUCAGACUCUCCUCCUGUUCGUCAAAUUACAUAUGCAGCCAAGCAGCUCAUAGCAAGAGAGAUUGAUUUGGAGAAGAUGAGAAGGGCAGCGGCAGUGAACGCUGAGAAAUCAAAAAAGCCAUCUUCAACUAAACCUGACCUCACAGCACAAACUAAGAAAACAAAUGUUGAAUCAUCAGUACCACGUCACAAACAGACACUUAAGCCUAAGAAGGUAGCUGCAGAGGAAGAAGAUGAAAAGCCAUUGAGAGAUUUCUUUGGAAGGAUAAUUGAGAAGAAACCAGAGCCAAAAAGGAUGGAAAUCACAAGUAACGGUGACAAGGCCGAACCAGCCAAACCAGUAAAGAAGAAAACCAGGAAACAAUUGUGGUACAGCUUCAAUACAGGUUACUCCAAUGCAGUCCGAAAGACCAUCAAAAUUCAAGAACUCUUAUGAGACUUAUGUAUACUUGAGAUAUGAUUAUGACGAUAAUGAAAAUCAUGAUGAAGAUUAUGAAAUUGAAUGAUGGACAAGCAGUGCUGGUCAAAGAGAAAUCCAAGAUAUUGUUUUGGUGCAGCUUUUACACUAGCUGCUCCAGUGCUGUUCAGAGUCCAUCAAAGUUUAAGAACUGUUUUAGACACAAAUAUGAUGAUGCCGAUGAUGGAGAUGAUGAAGGCGAUGGUCAAAAAAGAAAUCCAGGACAUAGUUGUGGUAUAGCUUUUACGCUAGCUUUUCAAGUGCUGUUCAGACAGAUUUCAUCAAAAUUCAAGAAUUUCAUUUCAGACACCAUUGUGAUGAUGAUGAUGAUGGAGAUGUUGAGAAUCUCCAUGUGUUUUAGACAAGAUUAUGAUGGUGAGAAUAUGAAGGGGAAAGCAAUCCAAGCAACAUUUUUGUAAUAGAUCUUACACUGACAACUCCAUUGCUGUUUGGAAAAUCAAGAAAAUUUAAGAACUCCUGUUUAUGAUGAUGAUAAUGAUGAAAUCCACAAACUAGCCUCUUUUUCCUGACAUAAGCUCUGAAUUACGACAUUUUGUAUGUUCACUAUCUCGUAUCUUUUGUCAAUAUUCCUCAUGAGGAAUAAAAAGUGUAAGAACAAUCACUGGUAAUGAAUGAUUUCAAUUGUAAGAUAAAUAUACUCUCUAUGUAAUUGUACAAUUGUAGCACAUUACUUGGGCAUAAUGAAAAAAGAACCCACGUGAAUGAAAGGAGUGUCAUUCUGAAAGAAAAAAAAAAAAAAAAAAAAUCAAAUGGAGUUUGGAGAGACAAAUGCAAUAAUCCUGUAUUAUUCCACCACCAGCAGUACUGCUGAUUAUCCAUUCAUUUCAUCUUCAAAGUAUGCCUUGAAAUGUGUUUAUUGGGCAUUGCAAUGCAGGAAUGCCACUUCUCAGAAAAAAGUCUAAAUUCAGAACAUUUCAACUUAUUUUAGGCCAUAAAAACACCUUUCUUAUGUCAUUCUAGAUGAUUUUCAGAUUUUUUUCUUAUCAAUCCUAAGUGGCAACCCUGAUUACAUGCUAAAUGGUAUUUGGCAGUGAAUGUCAAUCUCAUAGUUAAUAUAAGUUGUGGGGAUUUAACACAUUUGUAUCUCAUCUUGUAUUAUAAAUCCAUAUUAUUUAUUCAUUUUGGUAAUGUACACAGGCAAAUGUUAUAAGGAUGUUCAAAUGUAGAGGUGUGAUAAGUUACCACUUGGCACAGGCCCGUAUUCUGAAGUCAGGUUUAACUUAGACCAUGGUCUUACUCUGUGCUAAAGUUAUGGGAGCCAAAUAUUAAAAAAUUAUGUUUCUAUUGUACAUUUCUUAUGUUUAAUGUUUUGCUUUCAUAAUGAAGAAAAAUACAUCAAAAUACUAAAUUUGUCAUUCCCAGACAAUUAUGAACUAUUUGGGUGUCAUAUGAGUUAAUAGAUUGGAUGUGCACUGUUAGGAAUUUGUGCCCCAAUUGGCUCUCCAUAAUUAAAAUACAACUUUAAACUAGGGUUUACUUUAAACCCGAGUUCAGAAUACGGGCCACAGUGUCUACAUUCUAUUUGAUCACAAUUGAGCCCAUGUAUCACUCGUUAGGCUAUACCUGUUUCAUUGAAUACCUACUUGUUCUUUAUACACUUAUGCAGUGUUGCAAGUAACUUGCAUUCAAUUCGGUGGAUUCACAAUAGUGUGCGUCAUCUAUCAUUUGCAGCGAACAGGCCAAAUUUCUAACUUUGGGGUCGACAUCACGCGCAGGCAAUGCACAGUGCUGUGUAGUGUAAUAUGACUGUGAUGCUUCAAAAAUGAAAACCAUAUGGCAAGAGUUCACCAAAAACGGCCUAAAUUUCGCAAAGAAAUAUGCAGGCAAAUUUCUCUCCCACCUCCUGGACCCUAGUAAACAGCAUAUCCAGUCGAGUCACAUCAGCCAGCGCUGAAUAUGAUUCACUUUAGUAUUAGUGUGCGCAACAGAUGUUGACUUUUUCCCCAUGAUGCAUUGCAAAUUUCGGCCUGUCCGCUGCCACCUAUAGAUGGCGCACGGUAUUGUGAAUCCACCGAAUUGCAAGUCAAUUUUAGAUCCAAAAAUUAAUCAGAAGUCUUGCUAUAAAUUGCUGAUAAAUCAAGCAAAAAUUAUUUAGUUAUCAAUUUUCAGUAUUUUUAUUCAAGGGAAAGGGGUGUCAUGUAGGUUAAAGGAACAGCAUAUUUAAUGGGAAUUUCGACAUUACAUCAAACUUCUGAGGAGGGUGUUAGAAACAUGUUCAUGAAAACUGUUUAAUCAUGAAAAAUUGAAUUAUUCAUUGAAAUGCAGCUGCUUUGCAUGUGAGGGGCUGGGUUGAGAUGUGUAUCUCUCCCAUUUGAUCCAACUACCUGUAUGUUUUGAUACAGUUUAUUAUAUUAUGAUAUUCAUCCCACUACAUGUAUAUUAUACAAACAUACCAGGCUUUGAGUAAGUGGGAAUUAUUUGUCCGAUGUUGGACUGGCUUACUAUUUUUCUCCUGAGGUGAUGGAGAAAUAGUUAUUUUGCCAGUGCAACCAAGGAUGAAUAAUUCCCUUUAUACUUUCGAAAUAAAGGCCUGGUAUAUUUGUUUUAUAUCCUACAUUUAUUAAAUUAGAAAAUCAGAUCUUGAUAGUCUAGUUUUUGUACACGUAGUUCAUCUUUUUAAAUCUGAACCAGCUGUGCUGACUGACCUACUUUUCCUGAAGCUACACGCUCACAGAACGCUGAUUUGCUCCUGCGCCUGAGAGAUUGCGCGAUCUCAACGAUCUGUGACAUCAAGGAUGGAGGAGUGCACUAUUCCAUCAUUGACGUCACGGAAUAUUAUUUUUGAUUCAGUGGGCAUUUCAUUUUCAACAUUGCAAAAUAGUGAGAAUAUGUUUGGUCACAUGAUGAUAUUUAAACCAAUCAGCAAACAGUACAUGAUAUAGUUUAUGUGGGAUAUAAUGAAAAAUGUAUAUUCACUUGUGGAGAAAAGAACCAAGAUUUGGGUUUAUAUAAUGUAAGCAUCUCUAAUCUUUUUCACUGUCAAUAUAUUGAUAUUAUAAUUCUAAUAAUUUUUUUCUAUCAUGAGCUCUUUAAACAUUUUGUAUGUACAUGUACAGAACAUUUCUAAUAAAUCAUACAUAAAGUUAAUAUGUAAAUCACAAA